AUGAUGUCUUUCCUUCAUGGUGUUCUUCAGAGUGUGAGGGAUGAUGAGAGUGUUACAACAUACAAUAAUAUGCUUGAUUCAGGUAGUAGACUUGACAAUGUUCUUCGUGAUUUAUGUUCAUUAAUUGGCUCCGGCCGUGUUGGCCUUUCGGUGUCUGUCACCAAGGUGAAGGAGUGGUUGGGGAAUUAUAAUGAUGAAGUUGAUAGCAAGACAAAAGCAGUGACCGAUGGAUUAUCUGUACUUAUAGGUAAGUUGAGUAGUGAUAUUUCAUCUGGUGCAGGUAUGUAUUAUACUCAAGUCUCAAGGAUGGAGAACGACAAGCUUCAAGAUCAACUCAAGGCAUGGCAGGAGACGUUACCUAGCAUAUUUAAUGACAUCAAUAAUAUUGAAUAUAAGCACAUUAACUCACUGGAUAGCGCACUUAAACAUAAAUUAAAUGUUGAGUUACGGCCGAUUAAGGAGGCCGUUAAGAUGCUGGGUGAGACGGCCAAGGAAGCAGCCCUUGUGGCUCAGAUCAACGUUGUUGAUGAGACGUUGGCUACGCAGUUCGAUAAAAUAUAUAAAAUGAUCGGGGAAUUGAGAAAUGUGAAGGAUAAACAAUUCCGCAUUAUAAUGAAUGCGAUUGAAAUGGCCGAAAUAUUUUUGAAACAUGAUUUUGAUCGUGAUUAUGGCUGUAAUAUUAUUGGCAAUUUUGGUGAGAUACAGUGGGAACUUAUUAGGGUAUAUGGUACUUUGGAAUAUAAGACCAAUGAGAUCGAGAGGUUUAUCCGACAGGCUCGCACUGAAUUUGAGACUUUGAAAAGUAAGGUAGGAGAUAAUGCAAAAAAAGCCGGCGACAAUAUAAAUGGUAAUUGGAACACUCUCAAAAGUACCGUUACGGAAGCUCUUAAAAAGAUUAAUAAUGAUAAGGUACGAGAUCGUGGAGCGCUUCAGAAGAUUAUAGAGGGCAUGAAAACUUAUGGUUGGAAGUUCAAUAAAGAUACGUUUACCAAGAAGGUGGAGGAGUGGAUUAAAGACAUUUCGAUGAGUCAUGCUGUGGUUCAGCAUUGGCUUGGGGAGUACGUUGGGUAUAUUAAAAGCAAACUCAGUGAGAAUACUCUGGAUGGGAAAUUAAACGAAGGUAAUAAUGCAUUUGACGAACCAACAAUUAAACAGAUCGCAAGCGCAAUUGUGGAAAACAUUCAGCAACAAAUUGGCGACGCAUUCACAUCCAUCACAAACAUCAACCAAGAUGGCAUUGAAAAAAUUGGUCAGGUCAAAGAGGCCUGCGAAUCAUUUGCUGGAAAACUCAAUCAAAAAAUUAAGGAAGGGGAAGUUGAUGGAAGCCUUACGUUUGCAGCGGAUAUAGCCAAAGCCAUUGAGGCAAAGGUUUUGGGUAUUCAAGACUCCGACGAUGGCAAUUACUUUCUCCAAUUCGCAGUUAAAGCCCUGAUAUCUUCACUUUAUGGUAUGUCCCAGAAAUUCGCCUCUGAACUGCAGUCCUUCCUCACAACAUCUACCAUCAAAGUCAGUUUACAGGAAGCUAUAGCAAGUUCGAAUUCAAUCGAGACCGAAUUCAAUAAGUCUGGCAAUGAUAGCCAUGGCCAAAAAAUCGAUGCAGCAUUGCAAACCAUUGGCCAGAAAAUUACAGAGCUUGAUAAGCUGUUGGUGGAGCAGCAAACAGACCAGCAAGGAUCAAUUCAGCAGAAACUUGCCGAUAUCCAGAUUGACAUUUCAACAUUAUAUGGCAUACAACGAAAGGACGGUACCAUUGAGCGAAAGCGAAAUGAAGCUGAAACGAAAAUGCAGCAGUUAAAGAGAAAGAUUAAAUUCAAAAUUCAUGAUAUACUUGAAGCCUCUAAAAACGCCAAUGCAUACGUGAAAACGGCCAUCGAUAAUGUUGAAAUGGCCGCCCGAACUGCCCAUCAGACCAUUACAAAGCAAAUCCGCUCCCUCUUCACCAACCAAAAACUCGCCGACCUCUCCGCGCUGCACAAACUCGUCGAACGCCAGGCCAAAAAGAUCAAAGAUAUAAUUGACAAGGAUCUGGCGAACGGAAUCAAGGGCCUGCUGUCAAGAAUGCAAAGCCAUCAUCCAACGCUUUCCGAAGUCCCACGUUUAGAGGAAUUUACAAAGGCAUCGACAACGACGAAAUGGUACAUGGAUUAUGUCACGGAGUACAUUAAAUACCAACUCCUUCCAGACACCAAGCCCCCAACCCCUACCACUCCAGUCCCACCCCCAAUCUCCGGCGGCGGUUACACAGCGCGGCCGGCUGCGACUACGGUUGAUCCUAAAAAGAACACUGAUGAGGUACCAGCAGGCCGUGUAGGAGUGGCACCUAAAAUCACAUCUCAGCCCUCCCCUCCCACCGUCCAACCAUCUCCCUCCCCGUCCACCAAGAAUCCCAUUGAGAAGUUUUUCGAUGGGCUUGACAUGCAUACUCGGCGAUUAUUUUCGGCGCUGUCAGGAGGUUUCUAUAGUAAAACGUGUGCAUCAUAUUGUGAUCUAUUCACCAACUUCCUCCACUCAAUGCGUCCUACAAAGUUCGCAGAGCACGACAGUCCCCUACUAGAUGUCCUCAAAUCCGGCCUCCAGGAUUUCCUGGAGCAACUGAGCUAUGCAUAUGUGAACACAUACGAGGGACAUCCAUCUCUAGUUGAAUUUACGUCGGAGGCUGAUGGGAAGAACUGCGCUAAGACAUUUUUGUCUCUACUGGAGACUCUGUUCGAUGACUUAGGUAGACUUAAGAAAAAAUGCAACAGGGGUUGGAAGACAUUCAGAAUUCAUCGAGGUAAUGAGAAACUUAAGACAGAAAUGGAAAAUCCCCUUGGUCACUUCUUCCAAAAGUGUGGAUAUGAGGUGGCAGGCUCUGCGAAAUUGCAAAAUGGACAUUUACGGAAUGAGAAGAAAUUCACAGGUGAAGAGGUUUAUAAGCUCAUCGCCGGUGAAUCACUUAGUCAUGUUUUCAGACAGCACGGGGAGGGACCGUUUGACUUACUGCACGAAUACCUCCAAGACUACUACGCUGUCGGUCACAUUGCCACUUCAUUCGCCACCAAGCCGCCGUGUUCUGUAUAUGAAAUGUUACUCUGGUGUGCCGGUCUCACGCAUAACUCUGUUUAUUCUGCGUUACUAUCGAGCAUUAGCGAAAAGCUUGAGGAGCCAGAUAAUCCACUUGGCGCCGACACUGACGGCCUUGUUGCGUUUGACAUGAAAGAUACAUUCCUAAAUACAUAUCCACAUAAAGUCACGUAUGGUAAUUUCGAGAAUUUGUUAGACCAUAUUUGUUCGAAAUCAUCGUCCAUCUUGACGACCGUUCUCGGCACCGGCGACGAGGAUACGGUGUACGCCUGUGAUUUCUAUGAUAACUCCAUGAAAUUGUAUUAUCCUAAAAGCGGCGCGGAGUGCUUAGAUGCGUUAUUAGAUAUAUUGCGUCGAAUGUUCCCACCGCUCAGAUUUUUGUUUUUCCAGUGCAGAGUCGGUGAAUCAGACUACGGCUGGGGGGACUGCCACUUCGGCAAGAACAUAACCCAAGCAAAAUGGCAGUGUACCAAGCACUCAAAGUCUGAAUCAAAUUGUCAACCUACGUGCCAAUCAAAGUGCCAGGCAAAUAGCAAACCAAAUUGCCAACCAACGUCGCCACUUCAGUCAUACCUCACUGACAGUCUCGUCGGUUGCCUCCCUCACCAGCUUAGCGGAAUUGGUUGCAAACCAAAAUGCACAACAUGUCCUGGCAGCAAACCCGGAAUGCCAUGCUUAACACCUCUCGGAUUCAGAGGUAUCUCAGGCAUCACACGUAGAGGUGAAGACCUAAGCAACGUGCUGCGUAACUUGUUCGGUGACACAUACCUUUCAUCGCUAUUCUGCCUUGCACCCAAAGCACCAAGUACACUUCCAGAACACUUCGGAUUUGCGUUGUCACUUGUUAAUAAGUGGAAUGACCGUGGUAGUCAUCCAAUCAAAGAUGCCGUUAAAAAGGCUAUCGACGACCGUUCCAUUAGCCUCUAUGAAGAGGCCUCCACCCUCACCACUGCGCUGAGCAACGCUUAUGGCAGCAGCCAAAUUAGCCAUGAUGCUACAAAAUAUCACACUACUAGUGUUGGCGACAAUAACGAUGAACCUAAAAAAGGCAGCUUGUCAAGUCUCUGUAUGGCCACCGCAUGUUCCAAUGCGCUGUGUGCCCCUUAUGUAUAUACGUUGUGCUCCGAUUACUACACUUACUUAGGCAAAUCGCAUUCCAAGCUGUACCUUUCCUGGGCCAUUUAUCUGCCUUGGUCGUUAUGGAGUUACCUCGAAAGCCUGUACAACGCUAUCAAGGACAUCUUCUGCCAGGACUGGGGAUGUAGCAAAUGCCUUAACGGUAAUAAAUGUAGACGGGGACAACAUGGACUUGUCGACGACAAAACGAAUUCAGCAAAUUGUCAUUGCGAUUCCAUGGUACAAUGCAGAGGCAUGAUGCCGACGCUAUAUAACCCUCUGGUCGCUCUCGCUCCUGUACCUGCUGCACGUCGCCGUCGUCCGCCUCGACGUCCUGAGGAUACGCUCCCACCUGAGAUCGCCCGCAAGCCACCGCAUCGCCGCGCAGUCCCUCCUCGCCGCCGCACGCGUCAAGGCACUCGCCAACGUCAAGCUGCCAGAGAAAAAGCCUUGGGUGAUAUUGAUGCCCGCCGUAUCUCUCUUGGUCAGCUUGCUGGACAGCUUUCGGGGUUUAUUGGCAAAAGUGAGGAAGUAAAAAAUGCACUUGUGAAGGGUUUGCACAGUAACGUAAAUCAGCUUAGUAGGCUUUUAGAAGCAUCUUGCGGAGGUGAGGGGUGUUGUAAUGAAGCUGUGAAAUUCCGUGAUGUAAAACUUACAACACUUCGAAACAAAUUUAAUGACAUUGAUAAAAUUGAGAGAGAAAUUGAUGGCCUUAAAAAUGAAAUUGCUGAAAAAAGGAAGGCGUCCGGAGGGACGCCGUCCGGCAGUGGUCCUGAGAUUGAGAAGCUUGAAAGGGAAAUUCAGCAAAAAAAUCAGGAACUUCAACAGAAAAAUGAGGAGCUUAAAAGGCAAAUUGAUAGCCUUAAAAAUGCUUUAGAUGAGCCUGAAAAGGAAAUUGAUGAAUACAUUAAGAAGCUUACUGCCAGCGUAAAACAGUGUGAAGAGGACAUUAAGCAGUAUAAAAAGGAUGAAAAGCAGAAAAAUAAUUUAAAGGAUGAUAAAAAUAUCUCCAUUCCCUACAGUCUUUCUCAUCCUCUUGAAACUGAGCAGGCUAAAUUGCAGUCUCAUAAGGCUUCGUUGGAGUCUCUUAAAAGUCUUGAAAAGCUUAUUGAAUUUCAUCAGAAUGCUCAAACUAAAAAUGGUGAAGAAUGUAAAGAUAUUUUAGAUAAAUUGUGUUCAGGUCUCCAAACAUUCUUAGGCUUCAACCCGUCUUCCAAAGGCUACGAUGGCGAGGGCAUCGUGUACUCGGACCUUGACAGGCUCUGCGACGGGGUGAUGUCUUUCCUUCAUGGUGUUUUAGAUAACAUUAAGCCUAAAUUAGGCCAGCAUAAAACACAAAUUGAUAGCGCACUUACUUCACUUAAAAGCACAAAUGAUAAUGGUAUUACUAAAUACAAGGCGGCGAUAGCCGAGGUGGUUAAGGGUGUACGGAAGUACACCAAUUAUGUAAAAACCUCUAGUGAAGAUGUCAAGAGGCAAAUUACGACGUUUCAAGGACAGGUGAAGGAAACGUUUGAUGCCGAAAUAACAGAAAUUCCUGAGGGCGAAGCCCUUGAGGGGUUACCCGCCAAGGACGUUGGAAAACAUGUUUCCGCGGUAGGUAAAUUAGCGUCCGUUUACGUUCAAUGUGGCAAUAAGUUUGAACAAAAUAUGAAACAUCGUCAAGCAAAAAUCGACGAUCUCAACAGUGAUCUUAAAGUUGCAAUAAGUCACGUGAGAGAGAACAUCAAGCAUGAGACUGCAAGGCUCCGGACGUUGUCGAGUAGGGAGGAGAGUGCGUUGAAAGCUACGAUCGCAAAAAUAAAAGAAGCAUUAAAUGCUUUGAAAGUGAGUGUAAUUGAAAAGAUUAGAGAGAAAAUUAAUGAGCUGGUUGAGGGAUUGAAAAGAUUAGUAACGUCAAUUUUGGAUAUACUCAACAACAUUGAUUGGCAUCUGAAAAAUAAUCUGAAGGAUUUGAAAAAAUGGAUUCAAGAUGCGGACGAAAUUGUAGUUGAAGCAAUAAACGAUACGAGAAGAAUCAUGGAUGAACGCCAUUGUGGAUGGCUGUCGGAGGUAAAGAUUAAGGAUAAUGCGAACAAGGUAAAACACUGGAAGGAUGAGCUGGACAAAUACAUUACUAGUCAGAAGCAGGAAAUUAAGAAUAAAGUUGAAAACGCAAAAGAGACAGAAGUCAAAAAGUUGGAAACUUGGAAGGGAGUGGCCGGGAAAGUUGUGGAGGCGGCGGAUGCACAGGCUGUGAAAAUUGGUGAGAUGGUUAAACAGGAUGAUCCUUCCAAAGGUUUGAUUCACAAGUUAGCUCAAGAUAUGCAAACAAAGGCUGAGAGUCUCAGGAAGGCGGCAAUUAGGGCUAAAAAUGCUGUUGAGCAGCAAGUCGGCUUGGUGCAAAAGGUUCUGAAAGAAUUGGAUGCUGCAGUAAGAAUGGAUUUAAAAAAUGUGAAAACAAGUAUUAAGAAGGACAUCGAAGAAGUUAUUAAUAAGUAUGUCAAGCAGGCCUUGUUGAAGGCUGACGAACUUGAAAAUGUUUACAAGCAGAAAUUGGUAAAGAUUCAAAAGGGUGUGGAUGCAACGGUUGGAAAGGAUAGUGCUGGUGAAGGCAUUUUGAAAAAGCUCACGGAUUUGGACGAUGACGUUAAAAGGGGGUUGGUAGAAGUGAGGGAUACGACGAUUAAAGGCAAGUUGGGUCCAUUUGUUCGGGAUUUGUUUCAGAAGGUGAUGGAGGCUGCGAAUGACGCGGAGGAUGCGUGGAAUCGGGGCAGCAAUACAAAGGGUUUUGAGAAACUGAAAAGGGUGCUAGGGGGGAAAAAUGAGGAGUAUAAAAAUCUGCUUCAUCUACUUAACGGCAACAAAAAUGGUCUCGACAAAUCAUUGGAAAGCAUCCUACACGGAAUAAAAACCUAUCUAUCAACUCAUCUACAGGGCGAUUCUGAACUCGUGAACGCCAUUUCCAAUGAUAUUCAUGAGGUGGUAAAGACGGCAUUCAACAAAGAUAUCAUUACAGGUCAAAUAAAGUUUGAUCACACAUUCAUGUCAGCUUACAAGUUGAAGACAGAGAUCAGUGGUGACGGAGAUCAUAGAGGUGAUUUGCGACAAGAGAUUGAUAAGAUAAAAAAGCAUGUGGAAGACAUACAGGAGCAGGUGGAUGGAAAGGUCUUGAUUAGAAAUUUUAAAGAACCCGAAACGCCCAAAAAGGAACUUACAGUUGCCCUCACUGACAUCACCGGCAAAGACUUCGCAUCCGCACUGAAUGCAAAUAUGCCGGAUAUUCAAGUUAGCUCAGAUGGCAAAAAUACCCAAACAAUAUCACUUGCCCGUUUCCCGGGUUAUAUAAGCCAUAUAAGCCAUCCCGCGGAUCCUAAACUUGCGGCCGAUAAACCUUUAGAUGGAAAACUUCCACAGGCGAUCGACAAAAUUAAAAAUCCAUGCCUAGCAGCUCUUAGUGAGGUUCCGCAGCAAGACACCUUCCAAACCCCCUUCCAAUCCAUCACCGGCCAACUCACAGCCAUCGCCAACAUACUCGACAGCAGCCAGAUAACGCGGCAUCCUACCAAAAAAAUCGGCGUCAGAAACUACCUGGAAGAAUUGUCUCUUCUGAUUGACAAGGGUGAAGAGCAUACUCUAGCCACCAAUCUGGAACCACAUACCUCCCGAGGACGUCCAUCUACUUUCUCCAUCACUGUCCCUUCCUCCAUCCCCGGCCUCAUGAAGAUCAAGGAUGAUAUCACCGGCGCUCUCGACGGUAUCGACACUCACGUCACUGCGAUCAGCAUUACGCCAACCACUGAAGCCCUUGAAUCUCUGUCCUCCGAUAUUACGUCCAAUCUCGCAGCCCUCAUUAAGGCCUUCACUGCUAUCGGCAAAAAACUCAAUAAGGAUGUUACCACCUUGAAGACUAAAAUCGGCGUUACUGCCUCUGGCAACACGGCCGCCCCAAACACUCUGCAAAUCAUUUACGACGAACUGGACAAACUCCAGAAAGGCCCAGUGACUAAGGCAAUCAAAGAUGCCAAUGAAUUCAUCAAAGUGCACGCCCCAACAUUGCAGGAAAAAUGCAUCCAAGAACUCGAAAAUCACGUCACCCAGGAAGUCUCCACCGCAACCACCAGCCUCACGGCCCACGCCCAGAAGCAGUACAUCGCCGCCGUACGAAAUUUACUAACGGACUUCGUCACCAAAGUGCGGAAGGAGCUGGAACCUCUGCCGGGGAAAAUAAACGAGGACUUGGAGCAAGGCCACAAGAAGUUUAUGAAGACCUUCGGAGAGAAGUUUGUUAAUAAAGUCAACGGAAUUAAAUCUAUUGACUCGUACGUUUCUGCCAUCGAAGUGCCGCAACAUGAUCCGCAAAAAUAUCCACUAGGCAAGGCGACGAAAAUGUUGAAUGAGGCCUUUAGAGGCUUUUUUGCAGAUUUGUCAAAACAAACCGAUUUCACGUCUGACUUCCAUAAAGUUCAACCGACCAAGGAGUCCUUUGCCAAAUUACUUGAUGGUCUCACAACCUCCGAGCAUUUCGAUAAGAGGUUCACUAGAAACCUGGAGGAACUUGACAACGUCCUCGGUAAAUUCAAACCUUCGGAAUUCGGCGAAGCCAAGAGCCCGUUGCUUCUCGAAUCCCUGAGACAUGGUUUUACGCCCCUCGUUACAGAGCUGAAGAAAGCAUACGUAAAUUGUUACUCUGGGAGGCAAUGGUAUGAGAGUGAACAAGGACGCUAUGCAAAAGUAUUUUGCAGCAUCACUCCAAUCUUACACAACACCUUAGAGGAGCUGAAAGAGAAACUUGAAAGCGAAUGGAAAGAGUAUAAAAUAUAUAAUCCAGAUGCCUCCCACCACAGCCUACAUAAGCUUUUCUUCCGUGAAAACGGGUACGACUUUGGUCUCCCUGACGAUGUCCCCAACGGAGAGUUGAAUCACAGGGCAGACUGUACUCCCGGCCGUAUUCUCAGUCAUCUUACCGGUAAAACACAUAAGCUGUUUGCUGCCACACGGCCCUUCGACGUAUCGUCGGUGAAUGGUGAUGAUGCGGAAAAUCUAAAAAUAGACGUUAUCGAAGGCGAGAGCCUAUUAGAAAAGCUUUACUCAUUGCUGCACGAUUACUUUAAUGUUUGCCACACCACUCACAUUGACAAACCCAGAACCCCGUGUAAUAUUUAUGAGAUGUUGUUAUGGUGUUCCGGAUUGCAGUUCAAUCGCGUGUAUCAUCCACUAUUAGAUCACGUUCGUACCUUAUUCCCGGUGGAUGAUGAAUCGCAGCCGCCUCAAAAAAUACUUCAGCCCAUUGUAGCAUAUCCACAUAACUUCACACGUGAGGACGCAUGUAGCGCAAUUGAGCACGUAUCCGAGAACGCUUACUUACUCCUAACCGGCAUACUCGGCACCGGCGACGCAGAGUGCAACUAUGCAUCUGACUUCUCUACCAACUUCCUUAAAUUAAAGUAUCCCUCCAGAGGUGAGGACUGUUUGCAUACGUUACUAGAUAUACUUCGUAGAUUGUUCCCAGUGCUUAACUUCAUGCAUACCCAGUGCACCAUUCCCUCCAAGCACUGCGGUUGGCGUGACUGCCUCUACGGCAAUGGCGUCGGCCCAUCCAGUUGGCAAUGUAAGGAGCACUCAAACACUCAACCAACGGACCAACCAAAUAGCAAACCUACGUGCCAGGCAAACACCAAACCAAAUUGCCAACCAACUUCACCUUUAAUGUCCUAUCUGAACGAUUGCCUGCCAGGGCAUCUGCCACAUAGAUUAGAAUCAGUUGGAUGUAAGUCCGAAUGUAAGACAUGUCCUUCCAGUACACCCGGAAUGCCGUGCCUUACGCCUCUGGGUUUCCGGGGUUUCUCUGGCAGCACGAAGACGGGCAAGGACAUAUGUAGGAUACUCGGCCAAUUCUUCUCCGACAUCUAUUUGCCGACACUAUUCACCCUUGUUCCUAAACCUCCAAAGACGUUGCCCGAACAUUUCGGUUUCGCGUUGUCACUUGCAAACGUGAUUAAUGAUAAUAGGAUCACUAAUGUUGGUGGCACAACAACUUUCAAGAACACGUUUAUCGCAUCCAUUGAUGAGCAGUCAAUUGAGUUAUGUGACGAACCAACUGGUCUUACGGAUGCUCUCACCGCUGCUUAUAGCUCUCCCUCCGCCCCUCAUUCCAGCUGCGAUGACUCUCACCUUAUGCAUUUGACAACCACAGCCGCCUGCAAAGGCAUGAGUGGCAAAAUGGAAUGCUCUCCAUAUCUAUCCACGUUGUGCGACGGUGCGUAUCUGUAUCUCGCGGAGAAGCAUUCCAAGUUGUACUUGUCAUUCUCCAUCUACCUACCUUGGCAAUUUUGGAGCUGCCUCAAUAACCUAUACGAGGCGUUCCUUAAUAUCUACUGCCAGUACUGGGGAUGUAGUAAAUGUCUCCGCGGUGAACAAUGCAAAAAGGGAUCACAUGGAUCAAUGAAUGACGACACCAAGAAACCAAGUUGCUCAUGUUCUUCAUUGGUACAGUGCAGAGGGGUGUCACCCACGUUGUAUAAGUACGGCUUCAGGUUUGGUGCAGCAUCUUUACUAAAUAAUAGAGAUUCACCAAAAACAUGCUCUGACUUCUGCAAACAACUCAAACAUGUCCUCCACUCACAGUAUUUCUCAAGGACUUAUUCACAAAAUGUGACGAAUUCUAUGGAUCAUUCGCACACCCUUCUCCUACCUGUUGUUAGCCCUCUGGUCGCUGUCGCUCCUGUACCUGCUGCACAUCACCGUCGUCCGCCUCGACGUGCUGAGGAUACGCUCCCACCUGAGAUCGCCCUCAAGCCACCGGAUCGCCGCGCAGUCCCUCCUCGCCGCCGCACGCGUCAGGGCACUCGCCAACGUCAAGUACUUCUCGCCAUAAUCGUGCCUUCACCCACUCACUCACCCACUCAACCACUCAACCACCCAAUCACCCACUCAACCACCCACUCAACCACCCACUCACUUCACACUCUACUCAACACCUCCACCUACUUCAACCAUUUCAACUACUUCACCACUUCACUCCACUCAAUUCAUACUUCACCUUUACCGACACGAAUUUAA